AUGGCGACGCCAAUCUCCCCAUCCGAACACACAGCCGCCGUCAAGGCCCGGCGCGUGCUGGCCUGCGUGCUGUGUCAGCAACGCAAGAUCAAGUGUGAUCGUACAUUCCCUUGCGCCAACUGUGUACGUGCCAGCGAGCAGUGUGAACAGUCAACCCGCCAGCGACGCCGGAGGUUUCCUGAGAGAGAGUUGCUAGCGCGCCUGCGACGCUAUGAGAGCCUGCUUCGCCAGCAUAACAUCGAGUUUGAUCCUCUCCAUACGCCUACUGCAAACCGUAGGUCUCCCAGCGAGGAUGGCCAAGAUGGACUUCCAGAGGGUGCCCACCCAGAAGGUGCUCUUCAUGAUACGGACUCUCGCCCGUCGAGAGAAAAGAAAGCAGUCAAGCCUAAAUCAUUGAAUCUCUGGCAUGCUAUGAAUCAAAAGACUAUUGAUCCCAAGGAUGAUGAUGGAAACGACGGUGACGACGACGACGAUGAAAACGACACCGGGUUCCUCCACGACAACGUUGAUAUACGCCGCGCCGUAAUCAAGACGGCAUGGAACCAUAUGUUCCAAGGCAAAAGCAACGACCACCUUUUCUUCGGUUCACCGGUAGGGAACAUCGAUGACCUUUCUGCUUCGCAUCCGACCCAGGUACAGAUCUUCAGGCUUUGGCAGAUCUACUUGGAUAACGUGAAUCCUCUUCUUAAAGUAACGCACACACCUACCCUUCAAACACGUAUCAUCGAUGCUGCUAGCGACAUCACCAAUGUCGAUCCCACAUUGGAAGCAUUGAUGUUCAGUAUCUACUGUGUCUCCAUUCUGAGUCUCACAGAAGAUCAGUGUAUUACCUUGUUCGGAUCUCCCAAAAAGGAUAUUUUGAAAGCCUAUCAGUCUGCAUGCCAGCAAGCGUUACGGAGUUGUUGUAUUCUACGUUCCAGUAACCGUGAGUGCUUGACCGCAUUGUAUCUGUAUCUAGUGUCGACCAGGCCUGACACGGACCCUGUAUCUCUCUCAUCAAUGCUUAGCGUUGCUAUAAGGAUCGCCCAGCGGAUAGGCAUUCAUAAUGAGUCGUUAUACAGUAAAUGUUCCAGUCUCGAGGCAGAGAUGAGUCGGAGACUGUGGUGGUCGCUCAUUAUCUUUGAUAAUCGCAUCUGCGAAAUGUCCGAUUAUAAAACCACGUCGCUAGCUCCUACCUGGGACUGCCGCAUCCCUCUCAAUGUUAGUGAUUUUGAGCUUCAGCCAGAUAUUAAGGCCCCACCCGCAACAAGCAACAGACCAACAGAGAUGCUCUUUGCUGUUGUGCGCAGCGAGCUCGCCGACUUCGUCCGUCACAGCGCCUUCCACCUCGAGUUUACCAAUCCGUUUUUGAACACGACCGCCCGCCGAUCUACCACCACAGACGAGGGGGAGCGACUUCUAGCGCUCGAGAGGAUGAUAGAGGAGAAAUACCUCACAUUCUGCAAUCCAGAGAACCCACUGCAUUUCAUGACGAUGUGGACAAUGCGGGGCUAUUUGGCCAAGAACCGUCUCUUGCAACACUACUCUCGAUAUUUGGCGGGCUCUGUGCAGCAGACAGCUACACAGCGGAACUCAGGUAUCUCCCACGCACUGCGCAUGCUAGAGUGCGAUACCAACCUCAUGGCAUCGCCUCUCACCAAAGGAUACCUGUGGCUUAUUCACUUCCACUUCCCCUUCCCCGCGUACAUUCACAUCCUUCAGGAUCUGAAGAAGAGGCCCAUCGAGAAACAUGCAGACCAGGCGUGGGAGGUCAUGAGCAAUAACUACGAGGCCCGCAUGAUGGAUGCUAAUGAGGAGGACCGCCCCUUCUUUAUCGUCUUCUGUCGGAUUGUCUUUCAGGCUUGGGAGGCACGUGAACAAAUAGCGAGACAGCAGGAGACGCCCCUGGUGCCACCGCGGAUUGUGUCGGAUAUCCGGAAUAAAGUGAUGCAUAUGAUCUCGAAUUUCGGACAAGAUGCGGACACAAUGCAGCCCGGUGGUUCCCUGGGUUCCAAUAUGGGUGACCUGUCGAUGCCUACUGAGAUGGAUUUCAGUGUUCCUGGGAUAGCAUAUGGUGCUGACUGGCAGGUUCCUACGGGUUUGGGACCGUGGGGGUAUCCUGAGAUUCCUGGGCCGAACUCAACGGACGUGGAUGUAAAUCAAUUUCUUUUGGACACGAUGGAGUGGAAUACGUUGCAUGUACGAACGGGGUGA